AUGCCAUGUCGAAUGGAGGCUGAUAUACUUGACGUACUCGAAGAUCUGGGCUACCCAGUAGACCAGCUGGAGGAGGGUUCUUUUGAUAAGGCCUUAGAAGAAGGGCAGCGCUCUCCAGAGUUCACACAUGUCGUAUCCUGGCUUACCGUUAAACUUCAGGAAUUUCUGGACUUAAUUGAACAUGUGAACCCAAUAACUGAUCCUGAUGACAGUGACACGUUUAUGCUGGAGUUGAGUGCUUUUCUACGUGAAAUUGGCUGUCCCUUGAGUGCAUUGACAGUUGGCACAAUCGAUCAUCGUCUUGGUACCAAGGAGUUACGACUUCAGCUCUUGAACUAUCUUACUAUGGAACUAGCUAGUGUGAUGAUGCUGGCCGUCAAUAAGCCGAUCGUCCUUAUUUCCAACAAUAGCGAAACACCAACGACCAACUAUGAAUCUGAUGUGGCUUCUUGCAUGAAAAGUAUGCUCAUUGCUUUAGGCUUCUCCAAGCCACCGGCUAAUAUUACCCCUCAGCAACUUUUCUCCAAGCUCGAAGCUAAGAUCAAAGAAAUGAUAAUGAAACAUCCCAACCAGCUGGGUAGAUCCAUGUUAAAGUCUCGCUUGUCGGACAAGCAAUGGGCUCAUCUCCUGAGUAUUAACGAAUCUUUGGAUAAGGAAUACCAAACUCGAAGGGAGAUGUUGAUAAAGCGAAUGGAUGUUACUGUUCAGUCUUUCAUGUGGUCGGACAGAGCCAAGCAGAAAGAGAAGCAAAUCCGAAACUUCUACGAGGGUCCCAGCAAGAAACUAACGGCUCGCACGAAUAUCGGAAUUCCUCAGAUUCUGGCUGCCAGGGACAGUUUGCUCCGUAUUCAAAAGACCAGCAGUGGAGAGGCCCGCGAAAGGACCAAAUGUGCCAUCAAUAAAGUCCGCAUCGGGCAGGUACCCGAUCGGGGUGGCCGUGCCUGGGAACAUGAGCCUCCACCCCCAGAAAUGCCGGCAUUUCAGCAAAGGAACACUGGUCAAAGCGGGGGAGGAGGACGUGGCGGCGGAGGUGGUGGCUUCCAGAGUGACCGUGGUGGUGGGCGUGGUGGCGGCCGUGUCCAGAGCAACUGGAAUGACCAGAAGCAGCCUUCCCAAAAUAUGGGUGGUGGCCAAUGGAACCAAGGUGGUGGAGGUCAUUACCAUGCUCAGCGCCAGAAUACCCAUGGAGGCUAUCAACAGCAACAGUCUUACCAAAACUCCAACAAUUACCAACAAGGAUACAGUCAACAGAAUUACCAAUCUUAUAGUGGAGGAGAUCGUGGAGGCCGAGAUAACUUCAGCAUGUAUGGCCAAAACACUGGCGGUGGUGGUUAUGAUAGCUAUAACAACUACCAGAGUGGUGGUGGUGGUGGUGGUGGUGGUGGUGGCCAUGGUGGUUACAAAGGUGGUGGUGGUCAGUAUAAUCAGUACGACAACCAAAACUACCAGCAACAGCAUCGUGGAGGUCGAGGUGGACGGGGAGGUCGAGGUGGACGGGGCCGUGGACGCUAUUGA